AUGAAGGUCGCCUUUUUCACACUCCUUGGCUUUCUUUUCGCCACGGCGGCUCUGGCCUCUACGAGCUGGAACAAAUCUCCGCAAGCAAUUAAAAAGCUCUAUGAUGGAUUGAGGGCAGAGGAAUCCAGCCAGAACCAGGAGCGGUAUACUCCUCUCAGAGACCAAAUCCUUCGCAAGAAGUCAAAGUUUUAUAACAAGAAGACGAAAGAUUUCUGGGUCAAUGGUACUCGCGGCGCAAUCCCCGACGUUAAUUUCGAUAUUCCUGAGUCUUACGCCGGCCUUCUUCCAAUCUCUCCCUCCAAAGACGAGUCUAGAAAACUAUGGUUCUGGUUUUUCCCAACCACUGGUGGUCCAGAGACGAAAGACGAUUUAGUGAUUUGGCUCAACGGUGGCCCAGGAUGCAGCUCUCUUGAAGGUCUAUUACAGGAAAACGGCCCGUUUACAUGGCAAUACGGAACCUAUCUACCGGUGCCGAAUAAGUACACUUGGGUCAAUUUGACGAAUAUGGUUUGGGUUGAGCAACCUGUUGGAACGGGAUUUACACAAGGAGAACCCAAUAUCAAGAACGAGGAAGAGCUCGCAGUUCAGUUCCUUGGCUUUUUGAAGAACUUUGUGGAGAAAUUCGGCCUUCAUGGCAAGCGUAUCUGGCUUACCGGGGAGUCUUACGCUGGAAAAUAUAUUCCCUAUAUCGCCGACGCAAUGUUGAACCGUACCGAUACUAAAUACUUCAACUUUAAGGGUUCUAUGCUUUAUGACCCAAGUAUCGACGAAGAUCUCUAUUUGGAAGAAGUUCCAGUAGUUCCGUUCCUCGUACGCAACAAUGCGAUCUUCAACUUUCCGGACGAGGAGGUCGCCCAACUCCAAAAGGCGGCUGAUGCAUGCGGCUUCACAGCUAUUUAUGAACAAGGCCUAACUUUCCCACCCACUGGGCCAGUUAAUAAGACUUUGAUUCCAGCUAGGUGCCAACUCUGGAAUAAGGUAUUUAAUCGCGCUGUAAAGAUCAACCCUUGCUUCAAUAUCUACCACAUCAUGACAACUUGCCCAAACCUCUGGGAUGUCCUUGGUUUCCCAGGAUCCUUCGGCUACCUCCCCGAAGGUGCAAAAAUAUACUUCAACCGCCCGGAAGUCCAAAAGGCCAUCAACGCGCCCCGUGUCGAAUGGGAAGAAUGUAGUUCGCGAGAGGUGUUCGUCGGACUCGAUAAAUCACCAUUCCCUGUCCCCGGCGGAGUUCUAGCUCGAGUUGUAGAAAAGAGCGAAAGAACGGUCGUUGCUCAUGGAUUGUUGGAUUUUAUAUUAAUAGCCGAUGGAACUUUGAUAUCCUUGAAUAAUAUGGUGUGGAAUGGGAAACGAGGGUUUUCGAAGAGGCCGAGUAGGAAGUUUGUGGUACCUUAUGAUAAUCAAGGAGAGUUAGGGGUAUGGUAUGAAGAGAGGGGGUUGACGUAUAUUGAAAUCAAAUUGGCGGGGCAUAUGGUGCCGCAGUACCAGCCCGCAGCGGGGUAUAGACACCUAGAAUACCUUUUGGGACGGGUUAAGAAUCUGUCCAGGUAA